AAUUUGAUUUUUUAGUGACCUGAAUACGAAAUGAGAAUCGUUGAGCUUUUGCGGCGGUACCAACAUGGGCCAAUGAUAGUGAGUGGUACGAGGUCGCAGUUUAAUUAAGCUAUAAAACCAUUGUAAGUGCAUGUCAAGUGUCAUUUGAAGUAUUGAACAUCGCAGUGAUUUAUUCUAUCGGAAAUAUGAGGAGUCUGAUAAUCCUUGUAGUUAGUGUUGUUGUUCCCCUUGCCCACUGCAGCAUAGGCAUCGGCCUUGUGGGUCCCGGCACUCCUGAGAUCAUAAUCCAAGGCCCCGGUAGUAAAACUGCCCUGAACGGCCCCGAUGGCAGUCACAUUUCCGCAGUGGCAGCGGGCGGUAGAGUGGUAGCGCCCGCAACUCAGGGCGGCGUCGUGGGGGCCGCUGCCGUGGCGCCCGUCGUUGCCGUUGCUGCUGCGCCCGCCGCUCUCGUACCGGCUGGUAUUGCUGGAGGAGUAGUUGCAGGAAUAUCACACGAAGGACUGGAAGGACAGUACAUCCAUGACAACACUGAAGCCCUAUAUGAUGAUGGCUCAUACAGAGGGGAACACUAAUACCACACUUACUUACCCACAAUUACCUCUUGUAACGUACAAUUAAAUAUUACUAUAUAUAAUAAACUUAUUUUAUAACUGA